AUGGGUGAAAACACAGAAUUUAACGAAGAUAUGUUGUUAAGUGACAACGUAAACUUAACGGGUUACUCUGAUACUGAUGAUGAUGAUGAUGGUGAUGAUAAUGAUGAUAGGGUGAAUGCUGAGGAUAAUGAUAAUUGGGAUAACACGGAUCCUACGACCGGUACAACAGAGGAUGUGGUUGUUGAUGAAAAUAUUCACCCGUUCGAUGAGAAUAAUGAUGCGUCGAGUUUGAAUAUUGCCGACGAGGGUGAGAAUUUUGAAAUUGAGGAAGAGGAGAUCGGAAGAGCGUAGUAAUACAGGGUUUUUUAAAACAUUUAGUUCAACUACAAGAUCAAGUGGUAAAGAAAAAGAAAGAAAAUCAACUUAUCCCUAGUGUCGCAAAUUUUAUGAAAUUAGAUUUCGAUCAGAAAAGCCAACGAAUUACCCCGACUAUUAUAAGACACUUGCUACACAUAUGUGAUUUAAUUGUGCGUAACAAACUUGAUAUUAAAAUAGAUCAUGGUGAUCGUGGUGUUUUAGAAUAUAUUACCAGUAAAGAUUGUCCAAAAAAAGAUAUAAAAUUUAUGUUUGUAGAAAAUAUGCGCAUUCACGGUUAUAUUCGGAAAGCCAUUACACAACUGCAGUCGAUCAAAAAAAAUCAUCCGCAAAAAAAUGGGCGACAAAGUCAAACGGUUAGCGCUGAUAGACGCGAAUAAAUUCAACAACCUAAUGGACAUGCUUGCUAAAAAUAACUCGAGACGAAUUGUUGAACAACGCCAAACGUAGCGCCGAAGAGGCUGGCCUUAUUGAAAGUCGUCAGGAAGUUAAAAAAUCUGUUAAAAAUAAUACUUCCACGGCAGGCAAUGACAUCAUUAAUUUUUUAAGAAAAACUGAAAGUUAUCGAAAAUCUGCGGGUCUUGAUCAAACCGAAGAAGAUAAAGGUGUGGCCCCCGGUAACGCUGCCGCACCAGUAACAGCGGGUGUGUCGGGUGCGGCUCAUAAACCGGGCACGGUUGCUUCUUCAACAGCAAAAAUCGAAGAACAUUUUCGAAAAAACGGCGUAAAACCCAUACCCCAGGGUAUCAAAUUUGCAGACGGUCAACUUGGUAUAUCCUAUCAAGAUAUGAUCGAGGAUUUAACACGAAACUACACCCAAACACAACCCAAUCUAAACGAAAAGAACCGGCAUAGGGUAUUAUUACUAUUAAAAAAGACUAAUAUGCCAAUUUCAUAUAUUCGAAAUAAAAGAAUUAAAGAAGAGUACAAAACUGUUUUGAAUCAAAGCAAUUACACCCCCCUACGACCUAUAACCCAACGUCGACUCCCGCAAAUUGUAGGAAAAACAACACCGGCGACAACACCUAAACGCCCUAUUGUGCACGGUAAGAGAAGAAAAAGGGGUUAUCUUUCGGAUUAAAUAAUGACGUCGUUAACUUGUUUUCUAAGUAAAUUCUUAAACACCGACGACAUUGAUAAAUUGGCUCGUGCAAAUGCUGUUGUUAAAAAGUAUUAUUUGGGUUGCUAUCCUGCAAAUAAUUAUCCAAAAAAUAUCAAAGACCGUUGUUGUUGGGUGUGGAAUACCGACGAAGAUGAUAAACCCGGCACGCAUUGGGUGUGUGUUGUCAAAGAUCGUCAAGAUAUUGUAUUUUUUGAUAGUUUUGGCAAGACACCGCGUUUUUUUGGUCGUAAAUACUGGCUUGAUUAUUUCCGUAGCUUACGUUGUAACUAUUCUGUUUAUAUGCAGCUACCCCGUCAAUCUUAUAUUAGCAAGACGUGUGGUGCGUGGUGUUUAUUAUUUUUAAAUAGUUUUUAUAACAACGAUGACAUCAUCGAUAUAUUUUCUGUUAAACAAGACGAACUUUUAGAGAACGAGAAGAAAUUGCAAGAAUUAGUGUAUCGAGAAUACCCGAACAUGAUUAAUAUAUAUAAGCGUAAAUGUAGUAAGGGUAAGGGGCAAAUUUGUAAAACAUAUUUAGAAGCAUUUCAACAAUACAUGUAA